UGGACCAUCUGUCCGUGUGAGACCGGAGCCAGAACUGUCCAGCUGAGGGUCGGGACACAUGUUUGUUUAUUUGUAUUAAAAAUAGAAGCUGGACUCGGUUGUGCAGUGAGGGUUCUGGUCCCGGUUCUGGUCGGGUUUGUUUGUGCUGAGCUGUGCAGCAGCAGGGUGCAGGUCGCACACAUGGAUUAGGGGAUCAGCACUGGAGGAAUGGACCGGUUCCUCUCCGGAGCCACACAACGUGGGCGGCGCGUCGACRCUCUGCGCCACAGACGGCUCCGGCACCAGAACCCGGAUCCGGAGCUGCGGGGACGUGCAGCUUCUGGGUCAGACCGAACGCGCCAGAGAGAGCAGGGGAGUCCCGGUCCGGUMCCGAUGGUUCUGGUUCUGUGAAGGGCGGGACGGGCUGCUUCUUUUUCGCGCACAUAAACCCAUCAGAACCGGGAGGACCGGGUCCAUCAGCGCGUGAGGUGGAGAAGAAACGGAACCAGCUCUGAUUUCUGCGCGUCUUUUUCUGCGUCUUUUGGCCAAAAACCAGGUUCCUGUUCCUGAUUUAAACUCCGAGGAUUAAUGAAUGAAUGAAUUGAUUUAAUCCAGAUUUAAUCCGGGAAUUGGUUGACCCGUUUGACUGACUGAUAAAAGGAUGUGAAGAGGUGUGGAGAUGCGUCACAGAUGCUUUUUUCUGCUUCAGGUGUUUGCCGUGGUCGGCCUCCUGCCGCCGGCCUCUUUAGCGGACCUGACGUGUGAAGCUCUGCACAUGCUGGCAGGAAACAUCUCAUUGCAGUCCCUGGUCGCCUCCUGGAACCAAACCCUGAGCAACGCCACGAGCCAGUGGAGUGGCUCGGGGAUCUACUGCGAGACCUCCAUCGACGGCAUCGGCACGUGCUGGCCCAGGAGCGGCGCCGGCCAGAUGGUGGCGCGGCCCUGUCCGGAGAUGUUUUACGGUGUCAGAUACAACACCACCAAUAAUGUUUACAGAAAAUGCCUCACCAAUGGGACGUGGGCGCCGAAGGGGAACUACUCCAUGUGCAAGGCCAUUCUUCACGAGGAGAAAAAAGGGAAGAUGCAUUAUCAGAUCGCCGUCAUCAUCAACUUCCUGGGUCACUGCAUCUCCAUGGUGGCGCUGCUGGUCGCCUUCUUCCUCUUCCUGUGUCUGAGGAGCAUCCGGUGCCUGAGGAACAUCAUCCACUGGAACCUGAUCUCAGCCUUCAUCCUGAGGAACGCCACCUGGUUCAUCGUUCAGCUCACCAUGAGCCCCGAGGUCCACGAGAGCAACGUGAUUUGGUGCCGUCUCGUCACGGCGUCCUUCAACUACUUCCACUCCACCAACUUCUUCUGGAUGUUUGGGGAAGGUUGUUACCUCCACACCGCCAUCGUCCUCACCUACUCCACCGACAAACUCCGCAAGUGGAUGUUCAUCUGCAUCGGCUGGUGUAUCCCCUUCCCGAUAAUCGUGGCGUGGGCCAUCGGGAAGCUGUACUACGACAACGAGAAGUGCUGGUUUGGGAAGCGGGCGGGMGUCUACACCGACUACAUCUACCAGGGUCCAAUGAUCCUGGUCCUGGUGAUUAACUUCAUUUUCCUCUUCAACAUCGUCAGAAUCCUGAUGACCAAACUGCGAGCUUCUACAACCUCCGAGACGAUCCAGUACAGGAAAGCAGUGAAGGCGACGCUGGUGUUGCUGCCCUUGUUAGGAAUCACCUACAUGCUGUUCUUCGUCAACCCGGGCGAAGAUGAGAUCUCUCAGAUCGUCUUCAUAUAUUUCAACUCGUUUUUGGAGUCGUUCCAGGGCUUCUUCGUCUCAGUGUUUUACUGCUUCCUAAACAGUGAGGUUCGCUCGGCCGUUAGGAAGCGGUUCCACCGGUGGCAGGAGCAGCACUCCAUCCGGGCCAGGAUGACCCAGGCCAUGUCCAUCCCGACCUCACCUUCACGGGUCAGYUUUCACAGCAUCAAGCAGUCCACGUCGCUAUGAAAGAGGAGACYGACCCGGCCCGGAUCAAGAAGAACCUCCAGCUGUCGUUGUCAUCGUCUUUCUGCCACAUCACUGGAGAACUCUAAAACCCACUCUGAGCUGGGACAGAGUCUGUCCUCUGAGCCUCAGGAGGGACAUUACUCAGACAUUCUGGAGGGACGAGGGGACGGGACUCUGCAGACUUUGCAGUUUGAAAGGUCAGAAGAUGAGUGAGCCGGUGUCUGACCUGGAGUUUCUGUCUGAAUGUGCAGAACUUUUUCUUUUUGCUUCGCUCAUCAGUGCAAAGACUUAACUGGAACUCAUCCCGGCGGGGACCCGGUCAGGCGGACAAACUCGUUAAAUGUUCAGACYUUUGUUCUCGUUUUGGUUGUCGUGUUUCUUAUGUUGAUGUUGUGACGUCRUCCUCUGUUUGUGCGGCGGAGCUUCUUUCAACGACUUUCCAAGAAUCACAUCAUUCCAGAUUCCUAUAUAAAGAGUUUUGUUCCCUGAUAACAGAAAGUGUUAUUAAACUGSUGGUUGGUGGGCCAGAGGUGGCUCCUCCUGGGGAAAGACAUAAUGAAGGUUAAUCGAUGCUCAUUAUUUUGACCCAGAUAUUUUGCUCAGUAAAUCACUUCCUGGAUGAAAACCAACCAAAUCCAGGAGAGCUGGCCCCUGUGAUGGCUGCCAAGUUUCCAUCUAUUUGUGUUUGUGUGGAUCCAGGGCAUUUUUUAGAUAAUGUGGCCUAAAUUUAUACAAGAACCAGACCUGGUUUAUUUGCAGCACCUGGCCUCAGGAGGAUUUUAAUCCAAAUGAAGCCUGAGUUAGAUUAUUUCUUCUUGAGUGCUGGAUUUAGACAAAAUGCAGCUCUGUUUCUAAACCUGGGGCACAUUAGAUGGUGGGCAAAUGUUCCCAAAAAAUCCAUUUAUUUUAGUUAAAAACAAACAUUUCUGUGACUGAAAAGAACAAAUGUUGGGUUUUUUCAGAUUUAAUUUGGAUUUUAAAGGAAAAGUUGUUCUUAAAUCUGCACUUUGGUUUAUUUGUUGGCCUCACAGCAGCAACAUUAACUGUAAAAUAGCCAUCUUUCUGUAAACACAAAUAAAUCAAACAAUAACUUAAAAUA